UCGUGGCCGCUGCUAACCGAGGCAAAACGUUCGCGUUCGCUUUCCAGAACGGUGGUAGCGCGGACGGUUCAAACGAGAUUCACAAGGCCGACAUCAAGAUCACGGACAUUUGCAAUCUGAUCGGUUCCGAUUGGCCAUUGCUGGCGGAGGAGUUGUCGAUUGCAGCGACCGAUGUGGAUUUGAUCAAGACAGAGUAUCCGAAUGAUGAGGCCCAGCAGGCGAUCGUUAUGUUGAGGCUUUGGUUACGUCAGGCCGGCAAGGAUGCAACUGGUAACGUGCUCGAGCAGGCACUGAUCAAGAUUAACCGGCCAGAUAUUGUGAACAAAUCGAUCACAAAUCUGGAACCGGUUACGGAUGAGUACGAGCGCAAGGUCGCUCAGCGCCAGCUCGGUUCGAUGAAUGGGCUAGAUGAGAUUGAUCCGGCCAAGAUCAAUGGGGUGGCACUGGCCAGUAGCAGUAUGUUGGAGGAUUCCACACACGAACCGACGGAAGAGAAGCAAGAGCAUGAGGAUGUGGAGAAACACAAACAGCAGCCCUCAUCGGGCGAAAACGGUGGUUCACCGACGACCCCUUCACCCGAUACGAUCGAAGCGUUCCAGCAGAUUCGCCGCGAGAGCGAAAUCCUGGGAAUUGCCGCCGUCAAGAAGGAGGACCUUUCGACUCCACCACCCAGUCCGGCCGACUUCAGUACGCAAGUCAGCCAGAACAGUCAAACGAGCGCCGAGGAGCGACACGACGUCGCCGAGGAUGUGCAAGAGAUCAUUCAGCAGGCCAUCAAAGACCAUGACACACACGAGGAAGAGGAUGAGCAGGAGGAGAAAGAGGAAGAAGACGACGACACAUCAGUGAAACAUCCGGCGGCGGUGGUGGUGGCUUCGGCAGACGAUGGUGGCGACGAUUCGGAAGGUUUCGAACUGGAGACGGAUAAGAGUGGCAAGGUAAAGACGAUCAAGAAACAUUCGAAGGUGAACAUCAAGAUCAACAAAACGGUCGCGCAACGGCCAACGGUCGGUGAUAUUGAAUGGGAUGCGAAUGCAGCGACGGACUCGCAGCCGCAGCCACAAAUCGAGAUCUCGUCCGUAAACCUGGAGGACGUAUCGAACGAUCGGCGGUACAGUUUGGAUCAUAUCGAUCCAGUGGCCGAAGGGCUUAGUGUUGGUGGCGGUGGAGCGCGAACGUACGAAAAGUCCCACUCAACACCCGGCCAGACGGAGCAGAAAGCGGAACAGAUCGUGAUCAUUUCGUCGGACAACAAUAUCUCCGAGGUGCCGGCCGACUACUCCGGUGACAUUGACGAGUUUAUUUUCGUCCAAACGUCGCCGGAAAACUAUGCCAAGAUGGAGAAGGAACAGGCGGCAUCACGUGCCGCGGCGAGUGGUAUGGGUACGGAUGAUGACGACAACAGCAACCUAGUGAUCAUCACGGAGGAGCACUACGAUUACGAGAUGACCAGCGACGAAGAUCGCCGUUCAUCGAGCGUACUCGAUCCGUCACCACCGGAGGAAAAGGAUCUCGACGAUGGGUACAUUGUACCACCGUCAGCGGACCGGAUGACGGAUGACUCAUCGUCCCCGGUGGCCGCCCAGAAGCGGUUCAUCGUCGGUGGCAGCAGCUCCGACAGUGAGGACGAUCACAAUCGGCAUCAUCCGUCGGGACCACCGACGGCCGCCGUUCGGAGAACGGUUACGACGACCACCAAGCGUACCAAGAUGGGACCCUCGUCCGGUAUCACGAUCACCGAGGAUGAAACGGUCGUCCUGACGGAAGGCGACAGUAUUGCAGCUAGUCCAUCCAUUACCGUGAGCCAGCCGCCGCCACCACCACAGCAGCCACCGUCCAGCAGUACCAGCAAUAACUUCUCCAUCCGGACCGGCGGCUCAUCGAGCGGCUCGGACGUAGCCCUGCACGAGGCGGCGGGCGAGCUUAGCGAUGACGAUGAAACAGGUAAAGUCAGCAAAAUUCUGUUCCCCGAUGUCACCGAGAGUGAUAAAGCAACCGUAGAGCCGGAUACGACCUCCACGGUUGGCCAUGGGUCCUCCAGUGUGUCCGUAAUUGUGACGCAAGUGUCGCAUGAGGAGACGAUGGAGGAGACCGACCAGGAGGAGGAGGCCAAGGGCCAGGAUGAGCAGGAGCCACCGGUGGCCGAUGAGCUGUUGGCGGACAUUUCUUACGAUGGUGGCGGUGAUGAUGACGAUGAUGAUGACAGCCAAUGCAUUUCCUUGCCGCGCGCGGUGGAUGGUGGUGAUGGUACUGGUGUCCUUGUCCAAACGGCGGCUCCGGUGGCGGGUCAUACGGAAGGAAGUGUCGAUAUUAAAAAUUUUCUUGUCCAAAACAACGACCAACCGAUCGGAAUGGAACCAAGUGAACCCCCAACUGACUCUGAGCUAGCGAAGAGUUCCAAGCGCACGGAAACAAACACCUUUGUCGACGAAUCGGAUGAUGGCAUCGUUCGUACCACAGUCAUUACCACAACAACGACACUGACGUCCGGCGAUGAGAUUCCGGAGGAUCUGGAAGAACAGCUUCUGAAGCAGCUGCGCGAUCAGCAGUUACUGCAGGAACAGCAGCAGCAAACACAGGAUGGCACCCCACAGACCGUGAUUAUCACGACAACCACCUCGGACGAAGACCCGGACACCGGUGCUGAGACCACCUCCACGUCGACGACGCGCGUAACGACGACGACCAAAACAAUAACCCUCACACCGGACGGUGACUUCCCGGAGGAUGAGCUACUGCAGAAGAUUACGACGACCACGACGCAGACAUCGCAACCGAACGUACCGGAAAUGGUGAAGGAAACGACCGUCACCGUCACGGAGAUGGUCGAUGGUCGAACACUGGAAGGUGCAGCCAAGACGGCCCUCAACAGCAUUGUGGACGACUUCAUGAAUCAGGAGCGAAAGAAUUAAGCGAAAAAACACGUGGUGUACAAGCUGCGGUGCACAGAGUUCUGUUCUCAAAUGCUGCACUAUCUGCUGUCAGGCACAGCAUCACUCUUCUCUGUUUCCUUUUCGAAGGCACUCUUUCGAACGCUCGCUGACCAGAGUCCAAAGAGUCCGAAUUGAUAAUGUGGACCGAAACGCGUACAGCUUCUAUUCGAAACGUUCGCUCUCGCCCUCUAGUGCCUAGGCCAGGCGCGUCCAAGUCACUCGUCAUAACUUUUCGGUUUUGGGUAUCACGCUCAUUCAACUCUUUCUACAAGAAACAAGAGUUGUAAAACCUCUUUAAACGCCUCUCAUUGCGAGCAGCUAGCGAGAGCAGUUUCUGAGCAACUUCCGGCAGCUAAUGUAACGCGUGUUGCGUUUCUGUGCAUUGAGGUACUCGACAGUGGAGAAAGCAACGAACGAAAGGACAGCAUAGUAUCAGCAAAAUGAGUCAGUAAGUGAAAAUCGAUAGUUUCGUAGCCGUAAUAAUGAUAAUAGUAAUAUAACUGAAAGUAUUUCACCAGCAGCGGCUAAGCAAGCCGUCGAAGUAAGAGUUUGAAUGAACACGAGAAACACUGCAUAUUGAUAUUACAUUAGAAUUGAGGGGCAGGGUGCACAAUAGUGCUUCGGAGUGAUGUUCCCGCUGCUUAACGUACAAAUCAAACUGCACAUGUCAUGUAGAUGUCCUACCGUUCCAUACCGCUUACCUGCGAGUGUAAAGAAGAAGCGACUAAUGAUCAAGCAAGGGUGGGUGGGCGAUGGAUGCAUCUCAAUUUCACACAAAAUCAAAGUACACAAAAUGAUACUACUGCAAAAUGGUAUAUAUUCAUAUACAUGUUUAUCGAACAAUCUAACGUUAGAAAGCUGAAAUGAGCCGAUGACAUAAGGGCGGGUAUGCUGGAUGUGCAUAGUAAAUGCGACAAAUUGAACUCAACAUAUUUAACACAGGACGUCGGAUCGAAUUGACGGGAACUUGUCGAUAGCAAGCUUGCGUAGAUAACAACAGUAGCAAGCAGAUCCGUUCAUGGCUGCCUGUAACCAUUUAUGUAGCGUAAAGCACAUCUGUGGCCACUAAUAUGGGUGUCGUUUAAUGGUAUUGCUUCGCUUAUGCGACCACUAAGGCCGCGCGCUUGCUCGAUAGAUGGAUGGAGACGGUUGAUCACAUAGCAUUUGAGAGAACAAUUGGAACAUUGAUUCGUCGCUCGUUCAAAACACCGGACCCCAGUUUUACCCAUUGUUUAAUUCUAUUUAUUGUGCAUGGCGUCUAGGUUUAAGACGGUUGAUCAGAUCAGGAGGUUGAUGUUUUGCAAUUCUAAAGUAUAAGACUUUUUUUUUAAUUUUAAUAUACUUUAAUGCCACCUUCCGCUUCUCAGCUCCCCUAGCAUCCUUAGCGCACGGGGAAAUGAUCGGUGGGGGCAGCGAGUUUUUGUUUUAUUUUUCCGUUUGAUUAAUAUAUGUAGUACCGUCUCGUAUGAGACGCGCGUGUCGUGAGACGCUUC